AUGUCGGGAGACGCCGCGCAUCAAUUGCAGAUACCCAUCGGAGCCUUACCGUUCUCAGUCUCGGCUUCUCCGUCGCCCAGUGACCUGGCAUUUGCUACUCCAAGCUCUUUCGACGAGAGACCAGCUUCAAUAGGAGCCAUCCCAUCUGGAGGCAAUACCCAAGCUGUUCUAGAUGUUAGCAGGAUGGUAUCAAAUCUGUCAUCGAGUGUUACAAUGGCAGCCAAUUCCAACUCCUUCACUUCAGUAUUCUUGGAUGAAUGCUUGCAUAUGUUUUUCGUGAAGUUCAUCCCUACAUUUCCUAUUCUCCAUCGGGCUACAUUCGUGUUUCGAGACUGUGCGCGUACCUUACUUCUCAAUGCCAUUGCCAUCGGUUCAUUAUACUUGGGACAAAAGGACGCGGUAGCAAAGGGCGAGACCUUAUGGCAUCUGGCUCACACCGCUAUUGCCACAUCAUGGCAGACUCUUAUAACACACCGUGGAGAGUACGAUGCUUGUGAAGGUGUUCAACUCAUUAUCACCGCCGUUUUGGGACAGGUUUACGGAACACUCUCUAAGAAUCGAGCCAUUCGGACUACGAGUCAGGCAUUCCAUUCUCUUGGGUUCGUUUGGGCCCGGCGAAGUGGCAUGUUUGACAGUCAGCCGUUCGAUUUGAGGCUUGUUCCGGCAUUAGACACGCCAGAGCUCGACAAGGAACAUCAAUGGAGACUUUGGGUGUCCCGAGAGAUUCAACAGCGAGCUCUGCUGGCACAUUAUAUGCUGGAUGGGUUGAUAUCACAAAUGUCUGGCGAGCCCACUUCAGUUCGCCAUGCUACAAAUCAGCUAAACCUCCCGAGCAGCGAGGCUUCAUUUGAAGCAUCAACUGCCAACGAAUGGAUUUCUAUCAUCCGCCUAGAAUCUCCUAGCGAUACGACUUCUUUUCGAACCAUACUGCGACAACUCUUCCGACCCACCCUCGAAAAGCGUUGGAUCAACACAGCACUCUCCGCAUUUUCUUACAAGGUAAUUUUGGAAGGUCUUCAGUCAUUAGUAUCGGAUGACGAUACUGAGGAGACUGCAGUUGGCGUGCCCACUCGUUCUGAGGUUCGGCAUGCUCUGUGUCAGGUCUAUGAAGGUAUCACAACAAAUUCAUUCCUGUCUUCCAACGAUCGUCUCGAAACCAUCCUACGCUGGCAUUCUAUAUGCUUAAAUACGAUCGUUGAUUCUUCCCUUCUCUGCAGAACUCUUUGCUCCAGAUACAACAUCACGCAACAUAUCUGGCGUAACGCCGACCAGUCAAAGCACAGUAUCGACUUAGUGAGUUGGGUGACCACCUCUGCAGCACGAAGCGCGGUGCUUCACGCUAUGGCGAUUCAAGAGCUCGUUGAGCAGCUUCCCCGUGGUAGAGCUCACGCAAUAACGAUGCCCAGCGCCCUCUUCUCAGCCGCGACGGUCUAUUCUGUCUUCACUCUUGCCGGUCAUCCAGUCAUGCAAAUACCUUGCACGGUGGUUUGGCAAGAUGUGCUUUCGAGUGGGAGGCAAACCACCACCAAUUCUUACCUUUCACUUUCUGAGUUGUCAGCCUCCAGUCAGAUAUCAUUGCACGAGACGGAAACAACGAAAUAUAUCCAAGGAAACUCACCGGCAAGCCCAAUUGGAACAACUUCCAGAAAUCUGCUGUAUGAACUAAAUUCAAUGCACAAACUGUUCAGGUGCUUGUACGCACAAUGGGGCAUUGCGGCGGACAUGGAAAGUGUCUUGGAACAAUGGAUUACUUUGUGUCACUAA